CAUCCUCUACCCGAGCACUGCAACGCCGCUGGAUGUCCGUUGCCGGCGAGCAAACACCAGUGACUUCCACAUGAACAUUAGAGUACCUUAUCACCCAGAGACUGAAUAAAAGGCCGGGAGCGCUUAGGAUUGAAUUCGCGUGUCAUGCUAUCAAAUGCAGACUUUUUUCUGCAGAACUCUGUGUUCAAUUGGGAGAAGCUUCCCAGUAAUCGCUCCCAGGACGGGUUAUGUUAACAGAUACACCUCCACCGGGUUGUUCAUCAAUUGCUCUCAAUCAGGAAGUUUUAAAAAGGGUUAUUGUUCUAUAUCAUCCAACAGUACUAGUUCUGGUGUUAUUACUGAAAGGGAAAGAAAAAUUCAAAAUAAUGUAUUAUCGGAUUCCAAUGUUCAUGAUAAAUGUGGGAUAGUUGAAUCUCACUCCGGGAAUGGGAGAGUAAUGCUAAUUGAUGGGACGUCUGUUAUAUACCGAGCUUACUACCGGCUUCUUGCUAAACUGCACCAUGGUCACCUUUCCCAUGCUGAUGGAAAUGGAGAUUGGGUCUUAACUAUAUUUACAGCCUUGUCACUUAUUAUUGACGUGUUGGAAUUUGCUCCUUCACAUGUGGUGGUUGUUUUUGACCAUUAUGGAUUUCCAUUUGGUCAUGCAUCUGUGACACCCAAUCAAAAUCUUAUUGCAAAAGGUAUGGUUUCACCCCCACCCCUACACCCACCAUUUAUGAAGAAUACUUACGUAAUUUAAUCUUCAGCAAGCAGGAAGGAAGAGAGUGAGAAGUUGUGAAAGAUAACUUCCAAGAAUACCUUUUUACAAUGCAUUUACAACUUCCCUUUGAAUUACAUUGUCUUCCCAUUUAAUGAAAUUACAAUUGUAAU